CGUAUCGUGUAGUAUAUGGGCGUGUUUUAUACUAUGUGGGCGUGUCUUAAAACACGGAUACGUCCGGACAUGACCCGCGCGGACAGUCGAGUAAAAACACUGAAUGACGAGUUGGGAGAGAUUUAAUAGCGAUUAUAACUAAACGUUUCAUUUCCAACAUCACCGUGAUGUCGGAUUAGGACCUCGUUUCAACGCCGAAGACACAGAAGCGGUGCAUCGUUUGUUUCCGUGUUCCUGCGUUGUUGUGUCACGUGACCGCGCUGAUGGACGGAGAGUGGGACUCCAUCAGCGACUCGGAGCUCCUGGAGAUUCAGUCCGAGCAUUUCUGCAGCGGUAAACAAUAGCUAAGAAUCCUCUCAGCCAGGCAGUUCUAGUGCAACAAGUGGAGACGUCCGAAAUGACAUAACCAUCACUUCCACAGCAUCAUCUCACUCCACUGCAGAGAGUCCUGUUAAAGGAAGCGAGCAGAUGGGUGUGAAGAGGAAGCGAGAUGCUGAGGACAGCUCUGUCCUCCCUCUGCGUUUCGGGAAGCUUCACCUGAAUGUCAGCUUGCUGUCCGAGCAGACGUGGUGUGAGAAGAAACUUGUGUAUGGCUUCCUGAAACCCCAAAUCAGAAAGAAAGACAAACAGCGACCCGAGGUGCAGGCUGGAACAAGCAUUCAUCUAGCAAGAGAGUUGGAGGUCCACGAUGUAGUUCCCAUUAAUAUUAAAUCGCGUGAGGAUUCAGCGGCUCUUAGUCUGAUCAACAUGUUACACAUGAUUCCGAGUUUAGAGACGGGACAGUGUGUGCGCGAAUUUCCAGUGUUUGGUAUAGUUGAGGGUGUGUAUCUUAAGGGCAUCAUCGAUGAGCUGAGUUAUAACCAGAAGGGGGAGCUGGUGUUGAAGGAGCUGAAGACCCGCAAGCACGACUCCCUGCCUGGUGCUGCCCAGGCUCACGGCCAUCGCUUUCAGGUGGGCUUGUACAAGCUUCUGUUUGAUGCAUUGGUCAGGGGGGAAAUGAAGAAAGCACACAUUUUGGAGCACCUCAAAGUCAAAGCCUGCUCGGUUCUUGGAACCGAGAUCAUAACUCAUGCCUCUUAUGUCGGAAUAAACGUAGUCACCUUUGGUGAACUCCUGGAAGCUUUCCUCCUCACUUUGAGCUGUUCCGACCUGCCAUGUGUCGACGUGCUCCAGCUGGAGUAUUGUCACCAGGGCUCGGGCAGCUUGAUCGGCACAGAGGUGGUGCAGUUUGACGAGUCCCAGCUGAGGGCGGAGCUCCGAGGGUACGUGGAAUACUGGAGAGGACAGAGAGAGCCGAAGGGGGUGGAUAUAGAAGAGGUUUGGAAAUGCACAUCAUGUUCCUUUGAGGAGAUCUGUGACUGGAAAAAAAAUAGAUCUCACAUCCCUGAGAGUCUUCACACCACGAAGAGAGACAACAUGAACUGACUUGCAGUUAUUUGUUUCAACCAGCUAUGCUAAUGGCAUUAACCUCUGUCUGUGACUAAAUCAUUAUACUGUAACUACCUCUUUUUGACUUUAAUUAUGAAUUUCAGAUUUUUUUUUAGUAAGGAUACACUAUUAAUUUUACAUAUGUAAACAUUUUAAUGAUUGUUUUAAUGUUAAAUUGAUCACAUACUAAAGAUUUUUUACAAAGAUUUUUUAAAAAGAUUAAUAAGAGAAAAAAAGUCUAUUUAAAUGUUUUAAUUAAUGGAUAAUAAUGUUAAUUACUGUUUAAUUAAUGUAUUAAUGUGAAACUGAGAUAAAUCACAUCUAUUUUGUGACACAACAUCCCUCGGAUGUAAUUUCAAGUGAAAAACAAAAUUUCAGA